AUGUCACUCCUGGCAGCUCACCUGGUCAGCCUUCUGCUCUCCCUCUCCUGCUGCUGGGCCCUCAGCUGCCACAACACAGAACUGUCUCCUGACUUCAGCCUCGCCGGGGAUUACCUCCUCGCAGGUCUGUUCCCUGUGCACUCUCACUGUCCGGGGGUGAGACGCAGGCCCACGGUGACUGUCUGUGACAGACCCAACAGCUUCAACGGCCAUGGCUACCACCUCUUCCAGGCCAUGCGCUUUGGCAUCGAGGAGAUCAACAACUCCACGACCCUGUUGCCUAACGUCACCUUGGGGUACCAGCUGUACGACGUGUGCUCCGAGUCGGCCAAUGUGUAUGCCGCACUAAGUGUGCUCUCCGUGCUGGGGACGCAUCGCGUAGAGGUCCAGGCAGACCCCGCCCGCUACUCCCCUGCCGCAUUGGCAGUCAUUGGGCCUGACACCACCAGCCACGCUGCCACCACCGCAGCCCUGCUGAGCCCCUUUCUGGUGCCCCUGGUCAGCUACGAGGCCAGCAGUGGGAUGCUCGGAGUGAAGCGGUUUUACCCCUCGUUUCUGCGCACCAUCCCCAGUGAUGAGCGCCAAGUGGAGGUCCUGGUGCUGCUGCUGCAGAGGUUUGGGUGGGUGUGGAUCUCGCUGGUCGCCAGCGACGGCGACUACGGGCAGCUGGGGGUGCGGGCACUGGAGGAGCUGGCCCCCCAGCAGGGCAUCUGCAUUGCCUUCAAGGACAUCAUACCCUUCUCUGCCUACCCGGGGAGUGAGAGGAUGCAGGCCAUGAUGCUUCGCCUGGCCCGAGCGAGGACCACCGUGGUGGUCGUCUUCUCCAGCAGGCAGCUGGCCAGGGUGUUCUUCGAGUCCGUGGUGCUGGCCAACCUCACCGCCAAGGUGUGGAUCGCCUCAGAGGACUGGGCCAUCUCCAGACACAUCAGCAGCGUGCCCGGGGUCUGGGGCAUUGGCACGGUGCUGGGUGUGGCCAUCCAGCAGAGGCUUGUCCCUGGCCUGAAGGAGUUUGAAGAGGCCUAUGUCCGGGCAGCUAAGGGGCCCCAAGGGCCUUGCUCCGAGGGCUCUUGGUGUAGCAGCAACCAACUGUGCAGGGAGUGCCGGGGUUUCACGGCACAGCAGAUGCCCACGCUCGGAGCGUUCUCCAUGAGCUCUGCCUACAACGUCUACCGGGCUGUCUACGCAGUGGCCCAUGGCCUCCACCAGCUCCUGGACUGUGCCUCUGGAGCCUGUUCCAGGGACAAGGUCUAUCCCUGGCAGCUUCUGGAACAGAUCCGCAAAGUGAAUUUCCUUCUACACGAGGAUAAUGUUAUAUUUAAUGACAACGGGGACCCUCUCAGCAGCUAUGACAUAAUUGCCUGGGACUGGAGUGGCUCCAAGUGGACCUUCAGGGUCAUUGGCUCCUCCACAGGGCCUCCAGUUCAGCUGGACAUAAACGAAACCAAAAUCCGGUGGCACGGAAAGGACAACCAGGUGCCUAAGUCCGUGUGCUCCAGCGACUGUCUUGAAGGGCACCAGCGAGUCAUUGUGGGUUUCCACCACUGCUGCUUUGAGUGUGUGCCUUGUGAGGCUGGGACCUUCCUCAACAAGAGUGACCUCCACAGCUGCCAGCCUUGUGGGAAAGAAGAAUGGGCACCUGAGGGAAGUGAAACCUGCUUCCCACGCACCGUGGUGUUCUUGACUUGGCGUGAACCGAUCUCUCAGGUGCUGCUGGCAGCUAAUUCGCUGUUCCUGGUGCUGGUGACUGGGACUGCUGGUCUGUUUGCCUGGCAUUUAGAGACCCCCGUGGUGAGGUCAGCUGGGGGCAGGCUCUGCUUCUUCAUGCUGGGCUCCCUGGCAGGGGGCAGCUGUGGGCUCUAUGGCUUCUUUGGGGAGCCCACCCUGCCCACAUGCUUGCUGCGCCAAGGCCUCUUCGCCCUCGGUUUUGCCAUCUUCCUGUCCUGCCUGACAAUCCGCUCCUUCCAACUGGUCUUUAUCUUCAAGUUUUCUGCCAAGGUACCCACCUUCUACCACGCCUGGGUUCGAAACCGUGGUCCCAGCCUAUUUGUGGGCACCAGUUCAGUGGCCCAGCUGCUCAUCUGUCUGACUUGGCUUGCGGUGUGGACCCCGCGGCCCACCAGGGAGUACCAGCGCUUCCCUCAGCUGGUGGUGCUCGACUGCACAGAGGCCACCUCAGUGGGCUUCAUGUUGGCUUUCGCCUACAAUGGCCUCCUGUCCGUCAGCGCCUUUGCCUGCAGCUACCUGGGCAAGGACCUGCCAGAGAACUACAAUGAGGCCAAAUGCGUCACCUUCAGCCUGCUCCUCAACUUCGUGGCCUGGAUCGGCUUCUUCACAACGGCCAGCGUCUACCAGGGCAAGUAUCUGCCCGCGGUCCACGUGCUGGCGGCGCUGAGCAGCCUGAGCAGCGGCUUCGGCGGUUAUUUCCUCCCCAAGUGCUACGUGAUCCUUCGCCGCCCAGAGCUCAACAGCGCGGAGCACUUCCAGGCCUCCAUCCAGGACUACACGCGGCGCUGCGGCUCCACCUGACCGCGGAGGCGGGCAGGGCCAGCCCAGGGAUGGGGGUAAGGGGCGGGCCUGACACCUCCU